AUGCCCGACAAUUUGGCUACAGCGAAAGCUGGUGCCAUGAAGUUGGACUGUAUAAUCGACUCGAAAAACUUAUCGUACAACUCCUACAGUCGAAUAUCCACCAUUACUUGCUCCAACAAGUACUUGGUGUGUGGAACAUUUGAGGGUAAUUAUAUCCUUUCUGAUAUCAGCGUGCAUCGUGAACCUCGAGUACUAGGAGAGUACUCACUCACAAAGAGCUCUAAUGGAAUCAUAAACAAUAUUUUAAUACUGGACGACCAACAAGUGGAAUUUGCACUAAAUGACAGUUCCUUAAUAUUUGUCGAUGUUACUACAAAUUCGACAAGAAAAACCACCUCACCAUUCCCGAUCAACUGUAUGGCCGAAAACCCUUCUAAUAGAAACGAAAUUCUUGUUACUGGCGAUUGUGUUGAUUCGUUCAUCAUAGACAAGCGUGCCAGUGGAUUCCAAUCAAAUUCAGUAGCACUCAAAGGGCAUCAGGACUUUGGGUUUGGCUGCGACUGGUCACCUAGAGAUGAGAACAUGAUCAUAACUGGCAAUCAAGAUUGCUGUGUCAAAGUUUGGGAUAGAAGAAAUCCCCACCAGAGUCUUUGUACCUGGGAGAGUGCAUUAGGAUCCAUGUCUUCCCAUAGCGGACCUGUAAGAAAUGUCAAGUUUAGUCAUGGCGGAGAGUACAUUUCGUGGGCGGAAAGCUUGGACCACGUUGGUAUGGUUUCAGUUACUGAUCUUAUGGACUCUCCUGAGAGAAUGCAACCGCGAGUACAGAGCAUAGACUUCAUUGGAAAGUGCACAGGACUUGCAUUUGCACCAUCAGAUGACGAUGGCGAGUACUUGAAUAUCGGAGUAAGCGACUGUCCCCUCGGAGGUAUCAUGUCGUACAAGCUCGAGAGUAAAACCAAGCUGUUAGAUUUUGAUUUUCUGUUCUAA